AUGUCUCCCAAUCGCGACUCCCUCACCAAGGGAGAAAAAUCUCUUCAAGAUCACUCCAACCUGCUGCCGCGAAAGCAGCUCAUACUCUGCUUGAGUAUUGUUUCUCUCGCCCAACUCAUCUCUUUUAUCGAUCAAAAUGGUAUUUCCACCGCUCUGCCUACCAUCGCUGCCGACCUGGAUGCCCGCAACACCAUCUCAUGGGCUGGAACCGCAUCUCUUUUGGCCAACACGACCUUCUCAAUGCUCUAUGGGAGGUUGUCAGAUAUCUUCGGUCGCAAAACUAUCUUCAUCUCAGCCAUUCUACUACUCGCGAUCGCGGAUUUAGUCUGUGGCUUGAGUAUGAACGCGACCAUGUUCUACGUCUUCCGCGGAGUCGCGGGAAUCGGCAGCGGCGGGAUCACAAAUCUUGCCAUGAUUAUCACUUCCGAUGUUGUCACCCUGGAACAAAGAGGGAAAUAUCAGGGGAUCAUCGGGAGUAUGAUCGGCCUGGGUAGUGUCACCGGCCCCUUCCUGGCAGCUGGUUUUGUCUUGCGAUCGACGUGGAGAGGGCUGUUUUGGCUUUUGGCACCGCUUGGAGUGUUAAAUGCACUGGUCGCAUUUUGGUUUUUGCCGUCUAAAAAGCCGACUAUAACCUUCAAAGAGGGAAUGAAGAAAGUCGAUUACCUGGGCGUGUUAACGUCUUCGAUCGGAACGAUCUUCCUGCUGAUUCCCAUCUCUGGAGGCGGCGCAUAUUUUGCCUGGAGCUCACCACUGGUGAUCAGCAUGCUUGCCAUCGGCGCUUCAUCGCUGAUUUUAUUUGUUGUUGUUGAGUGGAAGUUUGCUAAGAUCCCCAUGAUGCCAGGUAAUAUCUUCAUUGGUCUCCUAGCUGACAAGGCUACAGUUGCUGUCUAUGGCAGACCUGCGAUCGUCAUUUUGCUGGUUCAGAGUUUCCUUCUCGGUGCUGUGUACCAGUCAACGGUCUAUUACAUCCCUCUCUACCUUCAAAAUGCACAUCGGUACUCUGCUAUUGUCUCUGCCGCUAUCUUUUCUUCUCUUGCCGGGAUUCAGGCCAUCAUGUCGGCACUCUCCGGUCUCUGCAUCACCCGAUUUAAGAACUACGGACAGGUCAUUCGGUUUGGUUUUGCAAUGUGGACGCUCGGCGCAGGCCUCAUGCUAAUAUUCGGGAGGGAUACCAAUGCGGGUGUCCUCGUCAUUAUCCUACUUAUUGCCGGCGUCGGCGUAGGCUGUGUCUUCCAACCGAUGCUAGUGGCUUUGCAAGCGCACUCAACAAAAUCCAGACGCGCAGUCAUCAUUUCAAAUCGCAAUUUCAACCGCAGUGCUGGCGGUGCAUGCGGUCUCGCCAUUUCGGCGGCCGUGCUACAGGCACAACUUCGGUCGACUCUCCCAACACAGUAUUCAGAUCUCGCAGACUCGCCAUAUUCCUUGCGUGAUUCCAAUGACUCUAUUCCCACAUCUGUGCUGGAUGCAUACAUGUCUGCCAGCCACCUGGUUUUCAUCAUACAAGUCCCGCUGAUUGGUGCAUGCUUUUUGGGCUCGUUGUUCGUGAAGGAUCGAGGGCUGGCCCCAUUAGAUGAGAAACCAACAACGAGCAAUAUUCAACCUGUUGGCGCAGAAUCUGGAGGUAUACAGAAUACCGAUGGAGAGCUGCGACAAGUUGAGUCUCAUAACGGGGAAUCCUACGAGGGUCAUAGCAGUGUGGCGCAAAGCAAGGAUAAAAGGUCUUAA